CUUGGGUGAUUUGGUGGAGGCGCAAGGCAUAAGUCGUAGGUGUUUGGGAUCAGAGCAGGCGAGCGGGCUGCUCGCUCCCCAGACAGGCCAAUGGCGCUGGCUCGCCUGCUGGGAGUGGCUGCGGUGCGGCUGUCGCCGCUAACGGCUCGCGUGGCGCCCGGCACCGGUCCGCUUCGGCGCUGGCUCUUCACGGCGCCGCCGCGCCUGCGCAGUGGCAAGCUCGGCGCGUCGCGGUUCGCGCCGCAAGAGAUGCGGCGGCUCAUGGCGCUGGCUCGGCCGGAACGCUGGAGGAUCGGAGGUGCCGUGGGCCUGCUGCUGGUCUCCAGCGCCGUGACCAUGACGGUGCCGUUUGCCAUCGGCCGCGUGGUGGACAUCAUCUACCAGGAGGAGGCAGACACUGCCGGGCAGCGGCUCAUCACCAUCUGCCUGGCGCUGGGUGGCGUCUUCAUCGUCGGCGCCGCCGCCAACUGCGGCCGAGUCUACCUCAUGGGCAUCUCAGGCGCCCGGAUCGCGCAGCAGCUGCGCGUCUCCGUGUUCGGCGCCCUGCUGCGCCAGGAGGUGGCCUUCUUCGACCGCAGCCGGACGGGCGAGCUGGUGAACCGGCUGUCGGCCGACACGGCGCUCGUCAGUCAGUCGGUCACCAUGAACAUCUCGGACGGCCUGCGCGCCACCGCCAUGGCCUCCGCCAGCGUAUCCAUGAUGUUUUACGUGUCGACGAAGCUGGCGCUGGUGGGACUGAGUAUCGUGCCGCCGGUGGCCAUGGUGGCUGUCGUUUAUGGCCGAUACGUGCGCAGGAUCACGAGAGCCGUCCAGGACGGCCUAGCUGAUGCCAACGCCGUGGCUGAAGAGAAGCUGGCCAAUAUUCGCACAGUGCGCGUGUUCGCGCGCGAGGACCACGAGGCCGAGGGGUACGCUCGCAGCACGCGUGACGUGCUGGCCUUGUGUCAGCGCGAGACGUUGGCACGGGCCGGCUUCUUUGGAAUGACGGGGCUCAGCGGCAACAGCGUGAUCCUGGCCGUGCUCUACUACGGCGGCUCGCUGGUGGGCGCCGGCCAGGUCACGGUCGGUGACCUCUCCGCCUUCCUGCUGUACGCCGCCUACGUGGGCGUGGCCGUCGGCGGCCUCAGCUCGUUUUACUCGGAGCUGCAGCGCGGCCUGGGCGCCAGCACGCGGCUCUGGCAGCUGGUGGACCGGCAGCCGCAGCUACCAUACUCGGGCGGCGCGCGGCCGGCCGCCCUCCGCGGCGACCUGCGGCUGCAGGACGUCACGUUCGCCUACCCCAGUCGGCCCGAUGACCUGGUGUUCCGCGGCCUCAGCCUCAGCGUCACGGAAGGCUCGGUGCUGGCAGUGGUCGGGCCGAGCGGCUCUGGCAAGUCCACGGUGGCCUGGCUGCUGCUGCGGCUGUACGACCCGCUGGAGGGCCGCGUCACACUGGACGGCAACGACGUCCGCGAGCUUGACCCCAUGUGGCUGCGGGACCAGAUCGGCGUCGUCAGCCAGGAGCCCGUGCUGUUCUCCACCUCGAUCCGCGAGAACAUUCUGUACGGCGCCAGCGUGGCCAGCACGGUCACUGAGCAGCAGCUGCGCGACGCCGUCGAACAGGCCAACGCCGCAGAGUUUGUCGAUAGGCUCCAGGACGGUAUGGACACGCUGGUCGGUGAGAGGGGCGUGAUGCUGUCCGGAGGUCAGAAGCAGAGGAUCGCUAUAGCCCGCGCCAUACUGAAGAGCCCGCGGCUGCUCAUCCUUGACGAGGCCACCAGCGCGCUGGACUCCGAGAGCGAGAGCCUGGUGCAGGAGGCGCUGCAGCGGCUGAUGCGGGGCCGCACCGUCAUCACUAUCGCCCACCGGCUCAGCACCGUGCGGCGCGCCGACGCGAUCGCCGUGCUGAGCGGCGGCGCCGUGGUGGAGCAGGGCUCCUACGACGAGCUCAUGGCCAGGAGUGACGGCGUCUUCCGGCGGCUGGUGGAGCGGCAGACCAUCCAGAGCUGAGAGCUCUCCAGAGCUGCUGGUCAGGAGUGACGGCGGCUUCCGGCGGCUGGUGGAGCGGCAGACCAUCGAGAGCUGAGAGUGACGGCGUCUUCCGGCGGCUGGUGGAGCGGCAGACCAUCCAGAGCUGAGAGCUCUCCAAAGCUGCCGGGCAGGCGCGCGCACAGAGACGGCAGGCCUCGUAGGGCUGCCGGCUCGGGGCACGGAGCGCUUCGGUUGCCCAAAGCCCGUUGUUUAUGAAGUGGAAAAUCGCCUGGACUCGAGGACUGGGAUUCUGUGGGCGGAAUGAUAGACUCCAAAGCAUGUGACGCGAGGCACAUGGUACCGGGGCUUUAUGCCCCAACACUACAUGAGUCCUGGCCGUUCCUCCGGGCUGGUCCCACUGCGUCACGGCCGGUCAGCUACGGGAUAGGGCGAGCAGUUUUGGUCCUGGUCGCCAUCCCCAUAGCCAAAAUAAUUGUUAUUUAACGGCUCUGGUAGGACAAUUCGGGUCUUUUCUUGUUCUGACUCGACACGAAAUUCAAUGGCCCGGGUAUGAUCGUCGACCUGACUCCUUUGGGCUCAAACACCAAGCAAAGCAGUCAUAAUACAAGCAUCAUAUUGUAGUGUUUAUUUUUGACAAGCUUCGCAAAGACGAGGCGCUAGUUGUCACACGGUAAGCUUACGUAGGUGUGGGUGUACAUGCAAUGGCUUUUUGUAGGGAAUGCACCGGGUAUACGUCCUCCCCUUC